AUGUCCCUCAACCCCCGCGCCCAGUCCGGCUUCCAGUCCGCCUCCACCUACGACGCCCACCGCCCCACCUACACCCCCUCCGUUAUCACCACCCUCCUCUCCAACCUCAACCUAGCCGGCGUCAAAAACGCCCGCAUAAUCGACCUCGCCGCCGGCACGGGAAAAUUCACCGAGGUUCUCGCGGCGAGGGACGAGGGGUAUGAAAUUUUGGCUGUCGAGCCGCAUGCGGAGAUGAGGAGGGUGUUGGAGGGGAAGGGGUUGAGGGGCGUUAAAGUGGUGGAGGGGAGGGGGGAGGAUUUGGGGGUCAUUGGGGAUGGGUGGGCGGAUGGGGUGGUUGUUGCGCAGGCAUUCCAUUGGUUCGCCAACAUGGACGCACUCCGCGAGAUCCACCGCGUGCUGAAGCGGCAUGCUGGGUUUGGUAUGGUGUGGAACGUCGACGAUUACAACGCGCCCCAAUCCCACCCCGCAACCACAAACUACGAAUCGGCCCUGCAAUCCCUCACCUGGAGCCUCGACGACACCGACUCCGCCCCCCGCUACCGCCACGAAGCCUGGCGAGGCGUCUUCGACCAGCAGUCCAAAUCAUCACCUCUCUCACUCAUCAUCGCUUCCUCUUCUGAACAGCUCUUCUCGCUCCCGUUAGCGGAGACGGAAGAGAAGUUCGAAGUCAGACUAACGAAGGAGGAGUUGUGGGAGCGGUAUGCGACGUUGAGCCAGGUUGCGAAUUUGGGGGAAGAGGAGAAGGGGAAGGUGCGGAGCAGGUUUAUGAGUAUUUUAGAGGGGGAGGAUGUGGAGGUUGAUGGGGAGGGAAGGGUGGUGUGUCAUGGGCAUACGAAGUGCGUGUGGACGGGCAAGAUUCCGGUGGAGGGGAGUGGGGAUAUUGGGGAUAUUGUCGGGACGCCACCGGCGGAAUAG